CACCAUCCAAGUCUCGCUUGCCUGUGACUCGUGGGCCUCCAAUAUACUGUUGUGACAAUCGUGGGACUCGUACUAUCAGUAAAUUGAAUAUAGCCGUUCCCACAAAAUGACUCUGGAUCUUUCGGUAUACCUGGUCACCGACUCAACCCCGGCCAUCCUCAAAGGUCGUGACCUGUGUGCAGUCGUCGAGGAAGCUGUCAAAGGAGGUGUGACGAUUGUCCAAUAUAGAGACAAGAAAAGUGACACGGGCGUCCAAGUAGAGACCGCCAAGAAACUGCACCAAAUCACCAAGAAGUACAAUGUCCCUCUGCUGAUCAACGACCGUGUGGAUGUCGCUCUUGCUGCUGGUGUAGAGGGUGUCCACUUGGGUCAAGAUGACAUGGCUAUCGAGGUAGCCAAGAAGCUUCUCCCCGAGAACGCUAUCAUCGGCAUCAGUGCCUCCUCCAUCGAGGAGGCGCAGAAGGCUGUUGCUGCAGGUGCCGAUUACCUCGGAAUCGGCACCAUGUUCGCUACUCCGACGAAAACCAACACCAAGUCCAUCAUUGGCACAGCCGGAACCCAGGCCAUUCUUGAAGCCAUCUCGGAGUCGGGCCGCAAUGUUGGAACUGUCUCCAUUGGUGGAAUCAACGCUUCCAAUGUCCAGCGCGUUCUCUACCAGUCCCGCGCUCCCCAUAAGGCCUUGGAUGGCGUUGCGAUCGUCAGCGCCAUCAUGGCUGCAGAAGACCCGAAGGCCGCGGCUGCUGAUUUCGUGAAGCUCGUCUCAAGCCCUCCCCCUUUCGUCCGGAGCGAGACUGUCACCCCUGCCCGUGAGACCUCCGCACUGCUCGAACAGGUGCCUCAGGUGGUCCAGGAAGUCGUCAAGAGCCACCCCCUGGUACACAACAUGAUCAACUAUGUUGUGGCCAACUUCGUCGCCAACAUCGCGCUAUCCAUGGGCGCUUCGCCAAUCAUGUCACCGUACGGAGACGAAGCCGUCGAUCUCUGCCAGUUCGACGGUGCCCUAGUCAUCAACAUGGGCACCCUCACAAGCGAGAGCAUCCCCAACUACCUGAAAGCCCUGAAAGCAUACAACGUGCGCGGCAACCCUGUGGUGUACGACCCCGUGGGUGCCGCAGCCACCAGCAUCCGACGUGGAGCCGUUACCCAGCUCAUGUCCGGCGGGUACUUUGACCUCAUCAAGGGCAACGAAGGCGAGAUCCGGCAGGUAUAUGGAAGCAGCGGCGUCACGCAGCGUGGUGUCGACAGCGGGCCCAGCAACCUCGACAGCCACAAAAAGGCCCAACUGGCGCGUGAUCUCGCCAGGAGAGAGCACAACAUUGUCCUCCUCACCGGCGCCACCGACUACCUCAGCGACGGAGAGCGCGUCGUCGCAGUCUCCAAUGGCCAUGAGCUUCUUGGCCAAGUGACAGGCACCGGCUGUGCCGUAGGCACCGUCUCGGGUGCCUUCUUGACCACGCACCCCAAGGACAAAUUCCUCGCCGUGCUUUCCGGUAUCUUGAUGUACGAGAUUGCCGCCGAGAACGCGGCAUCCAAGGACAACGUAAAGGGACCGGGCAGUUUUGUGCCGGCGUUCCUGGACGAGCUGUAUGCCAUCCGCCAGGCAGCUCUGAAAGGCGACCACAGCUGGUUCGCCGGACGGGCAAAGGUGGAAGAGAUACAGCUGUAAUUGGGAUAAUUUGGAUAUAAAAUUAGACUGAUCUAUAGACUUGGAGAUUCAAAAGCA